AGAGUUAGCAAUCAGUCAUUCCUUGGCCAACGUUCAUAGGCGGCCAGUCGGUAUCCUGUUCCUCCCCGUCAUAGUCAUGGCGACAGGCAGUAGACGGCCACGAGGGGGGCAGCUCCCUCCAUUUGUGCCAGUGCCUGCCCACAAGCAAGCAGAACUGAGGCGAACACAUGUGGUGUGGGAGUGGGCGGAAAGGGGGCAGGAGUGGGGGUUGAUGGGCGGAGGCAACUUCCUCCUGCGCUGCCGACUGUGUGGGGAGGUGUUCACGGGUUCGAGGUCCAGAGCAGUGGAGCACUUCGCGAAACCGAAGGCACACUGCCCCCGACGGAAUGGGGAGAUUUUGUAUAGACUGCAAGCGGCUGGUGCUUUGUUGAGGGAUGCAUUGUCACUCAGACUGGCUGCUGAGCACGCAGACAGGAUGGAUGGAGAGCUUGCCGCCGAGGACCUGCGGGAGUUGGACGAGCCAUGUGACCCGACGGAGGAGGAGGAGGAGGAGGAGGAGGAGGAGGGAGAGGAGGAGGAGGGAGAGAAGGAGGAGGAGGAGGAGGAGGAAGAGGAGGAGGAGGAGGAGGAGGAGGAGGGAGUGUCCCGAUUGAAUGAGUGGGGGUUGACGGGUGGAGGCAACUUCCUCCUGCGCUGCCGACUGUGUGGGGAGGUGUUCACGGGUUCGAGGUCCAGAGCAGUGGAGCACUUCGCGAAACCGAAGGCACACUGCCCCCGACGGAAUGGGGAAAUUUUUUAUAGACUGCAAGCGGCUGGUUCUUUGUUGAGGGAUGCAUUGUCACUCAGACUGGCUGCUGAGCACACAGACAGGAUGGAUGGAGAGCUUGCCGCCGAGGACCUGCGAGAGUUGGACGAGCCAUGUGACCCGGUGCGGGAUUGUGCAGGAGGAGUUGGAGACGCUGAUCGUGGUGAGGGUGGUACACAACAGGGGCAGGAUGCCGGGACUGUGACAGAUGAGUUGCGGGGCGUUGAAGGUGUAGGAGAUGGUGGAGGGGAUGGAGGGGGAGCUCGGGUUACUAGCACGACGGCCACCACCUCCACACAGGUGGUGCCGAGGAGGAGACAGACGACCCUAGAUAUUCAUCUAGGGAGCAAGGUCCAACAGGAUCUUGAUCGUCUGUUGGCCCUUGCUAUCUAUCGAGGUGGAGUGCCCUUCAACUGGUUGCGGUUGAAGGAGACGCAAGACUAUUGGAACUACAUAGUCACACUCCUGCGUCCUUCGAUCGUGCCGGUGCCACGGCUGCUGACAUACGAGGGAGUCYGCACAAGGAUGAUGGACAUCAUUUUCCACGAGGUAGCAGCCCUCAUUGCACCUAAAAAGGCAAAGUGGGCUACCACAGGAUGCACGCUGCUCACAGACGGGGCUACUGACACGACCAACAAGCCCAUCAUGAACUUCAUAGCAGCAGGACAGUCCGGACCCAUCCUCAUCCAGACCAUCGACAUGUCACAUCGGGAGAAGACGGGAGUCGGCCUGGCAGACAUAUGGGAGGGAGUCGUCAGAGAUGACAUUGGCAUUGACAAAGUGAAUGCCAUCUGCACCGACAACGCAAAAGUGAUGAAGACAGCAGCCGACAUCUUGCAGUCACACGCCGACCCGGCUAUGCGUCGCAUACCUUGGAUCCCGUGUGCAGCACAUUGCUUGAGCUUGCUGCUGAGGGACAUUGUGUCGCAGCCUUGCGCGGCCACUGUCAUGAAGAAGGCGCACAAGCUAUAUGAGCAGAGGGGUGUGUUAGACAAGCUUGCGUCAGGGGAGUUGUGGGCGCAGGUGCUGUGGACUGGGGAUGCGAGGAGGGAUGAACCCGAGGUGCGCAGGAUGUGCAGAGACGAGUCUUGGUGGGAGAGGGUGAAGAUGGUCGUGGACGUCAUGGCCCCGUGCUACAGGUUCCUCAGGGAUAUGGACAGGGAUGGGUCAUCACCCACAGGAUUGUGGGAUUUGGAGAGCAUAUUGCGGGGGAGAGUCAGGGGCCUUGGACUGACAGAGGAUGAGAGCAGGGCGAUCAUGGAUAUCAUAUCCGACAGAUGCAGGAUGAUGCGUCAGCCUGCCCAUGCGGCUGCAUAUCUGUUGGAUCCUCGCCGUCGUGAUAUCUCAUUGUUCACGGACCGCAGCAGCCCAGUCGUGCAGAGCGCGCUAGACCAUUUGGCUCGCUGUCAGGGUGCAAGUUGGGAGUCUGAUUCUUUGCAUAAGCUUUGGCAGGCAUUGUGGACUUUCCAUUGCCAGGACCCUCGCUAUUGGCCGAAGAGUGGAGCGCACUGGUGGGAUGAGUUUGAGGUGAAGGACGCGACGGAGGGGGGGAUGCAUGCAGCGAUGUGGUGGGAGCUGCAAGGUGGUCAGGAGCCGAGACUGCAGACGAUUGCGAAGAGGGUUUUGGGUAUGUGGUCCACGGCCAGUCCUUGCGAGAGGAACUGGUCCACCCACGAUUUCAUCCACACGAAGAGGAGGAACCGCCUUUCUGCAGAGAGUGUCGAGAAGCUGAUUUUCAUUCACUGGAACUUGCAGCUCCUCAGUGCCAGCAGGAGGAUGGACAGGCGGUACAUUGAUGUGUGGGAGGACCAGGUGGAGGACCCCAUGGAGGAGAUCGAUGGUGACGACAGUGUCCCCGCAGAGGUGCCAGACGAGAAGUGGGAGGAGAUCGACAGGAGGAACAGGAGGAAGGAGGGCCGUAAUCGAUUUGGGAAGGGGAAGGCACCGAUGGAGGAUGAGGAUGAGGAUGAGGCCCUUUGGCAGGAUGCGGUGUGGAUGCACAGAGAGAUGAUGGAGGCGCAGCAGGAGCGGAGAGACGCAGGCCGUACGUUGCCUGAGGACCAGCAUGACUUAUUGGACGAGUGGGGUGGAGCGGACCCUCACAACGAUUUCGACGCCUACAUCGGGCAGAGUGUGGAUACCGUGAGGAGUCUACGGGGGAGGGUUGGGAGUCGGCUAGAUUUGGAGGAGCUUUUGACCGGGGAUGGCGAGGCAAGCGGCACAGAGGUAGGGCAGGAGGAGGAGAGAGGUCAGCACAUUCCACAUUCGUCGAUUGCCGGAGAGGGAGGACAUAUUUGGGGCGUUCCAGUUGAUGCACGUACGUCGGCUCCUGCAGCACCCCAUCACGCUGCUGAGAGGAUUCUGCGAGGGGCAGAGGAGAAGAUGAUUCGGAGGGAGGGUCAUCAUGCGUAUGAGAGGCUGGAGGACACACACCACGUGCGCCAGGUUGCUGAGAAGGUUGUACAUCGAGGCGGCGGUUCACAGAGCAUCACUCAGUCGGUUGUCCAGAGGGUUGCGCUAUGUGGCGGGGAUGGUGAUGGACUGGUGGCGGGCGGAGGCGGAGAGCGUAGGGUCAGUGACGUCAUUCGUCCUACAGUGGUUCAGACCUCGGAGCAGAGGAUUGGUUGUGCUUCCUCAACGCACGUGAGCCAGAGGGUGGAUGACAGGGCAGACCCAUUACCAGUGUCUGUCGCAGAGCUUGGUGCGGAGCAGAGGGUGGAGCAGAGGGUAGAUGAGAUGGUGCAGGACAGGGCGGAGCAGAGGGCUGACCAGAGGAUUGAACACCGGAGAGAGUGGAGGGAUGGACACAGCUUGGAGGUUCAGGUGGACGUUACCAUGGACGAGAGCGUUGUUCGACGGAUGGAGGACAGGGGUAGCGAGAGGAGGGGUGUAGCAUCUACACGCGAGAGUAUGAUCCAGAGUGAGGGUGCUCAGGUUGCUACAGAGGGGGCGGGGCGGGAGGGAGAGUGAUGUUAGACUGCUGACUGCCUCAUUCUAUGGGAUUCCGCCUAUGCCCACACACGGCACACCAUCACCCGAUGCAGCAAGUGUUCAUCUUCUCGGCAGAUCGACGACAGUUGGACGUCAUGGUGGUGGCACUUCAUCUCCCGCAGUGUCCCCUGGCAGUUCCCUACACCACCCCCCAUCGGUGACUUUACGACGCYCGGCUGCRCACGCGAGUCGAGCAUCCACUUCG